GACCAGUUACGGGCGCCGGCCUUUCUGCUGAUAAUAUAAGAACCGAUAUUGCUCGUCGAGGAUCGUAGUAUCGGUUUGACAACCAGGAGCUAAGCGCAGACGACAACUCCCGAGUAACUUCUGAACUCACGCUCCAGAACUCGACGGACGGCUCUAGUCGAUCACAAUCACCUAGUACACUCUAAGAACACGUCGGUGGCCGUGUGAAGGCCCUAGCUCAGCGCAAAAUUACCUGCCGAGGCUUGUUAAUUUACGUUGUUUAGUGUCGCCAGCAUCUGCAUAAGAUACAGAUAUGCGUUUAAUACGUGUGCCAGCUGCGGCACUACUACUGGCAGUCGGGGCGUGCCUUCUGAGCUUCGCCCAUGGCCAAGGGUCAGCAGCGCUGUAUAACCUUACGGCGCGCUAUGAGGGAAGCUCUUUGGCGUCCAUAUUUGGAGUCAGCGAUGACUUCGCCAUCAACCAAGCAGUCGUCGGUGCGUGGCAAGCACAGCUAGCGCAGCGUGCCAGCACAUUCCUGGAAGUGCCACUGAACCAGGUGGUAGUCCGCUCCUUCGCCAUUGAGCAGCAGGCGGUGGGCGUGCGCCGCCGCACCCGGGAGCUGUCGAGCCUGGACCUAGCCGUGGCGGCAGUCAGCAGCGGCAGUAGCAGCGGCAGUAGCAGCAGGCGGCAGUUGCUGCAGUCGGGCGCGGGAACCACUGUGGCGCUGCUGGCGACGUUUGACGUGCUGGAUACGCAGCCCGGCGCCCACGCCGCCUGGGACUUCACAGCCCUGGCUACGGCGCUGGGGGCUGCCUCCGUGGCGGUCAACGGCGUUGACCGGAGCGCGGGGGUGCUUGUCGGCUUCUUCGCAUCCCCGCCACCCUCGCCGCGUCCGGGCGCAGCGGCCCUGAGGGGCCAGCCGCCGCUGGCGCCACAGCUGUUUGCCUACUUCGACUCCAUGCUGGCGCCGGGCGCGCCGGGCCGGAGCAGGGAGGUGGUGUGGUACGACGACUCGGACUUCCUGGAGGAGCGGCUGGACGGCACGCCACUCAACCUGGUGUGGCGCAACAAGACGGCCUGCUUCACGCGACCCACCUGCGGCGCCUGCUCCCGCGCCUGGGGCGCCACAACGGCGCCCUACGUCGUCACGCUGUACUUCCGCGACCCGGUGCAGCUGGCCACCAUUGCCAUCCGCCAGGUCAACGCGCCGGCCGUCAAGACCGUCCAGCUGCUGCCGUGGCCCGCCGUCAACAUCUCCGGCGCGCCCGCGCCCCGGACCGGCUUCCUGGGCCCCCCCCUGUUCAACGAGUCCGCCGACAUCACGCCCUGCCCCGGCACCCUCACGCUCGCAGUCCCCCGCAGGCGCAGCGGUCUGGCGGAGGCGGUGCCUGUGGGCGGCAGCCAGGCGGAGCUGCCCAAGGCGCUGCGCAGGAGCGCGGUGGGCGGCGUGCGGAUCUCUCUGAACGCGCCGCCGACGGGUGCGUCGCAGCGCACAGUGGUGGAAUGGGUGCGCUUCACGGGGCGUGCGCUGUAUCCUCUGGACGCGUCCGAGUACUCCAUGUGAUUGGGAGUGUGACAGAGUGUGUGCUUUGUCAAUGCUAGGCUGAGCAGGAUGCUACGAGGUCGGCGGGUGGUGGGCGAGACUGGAGUCGGACGAGAGGCGCCUGGCCUGGCCUGGCGAUUUGGCCGGUGGGCGAUGCGGUAGGUUGGAAAGGUGAGGGUGCCAGCGGAUUGGAACCGUUGGAUUUGCUAAGAAGCCAUAAAGCAACAGAGAGUUUAGGUUAAUGUGACGCAGUGUACAAAGUUAAGCCUCAAGGCGAAUAAAAGGGGUGCGAAGGUCGUGCGCAGCGAUACGCCACGGCAGCCGUCUGACACGGCCACGCACGCGCAUCGCCGCAUUCAGCUGCUGCCAUUAUUUGGAUGUCUUAUUCCACUGUGCUAGUGGGAUCUUAGUAAAUGGCAUUACGGUCAUUGCAUGAUCGUCUGUGCACCUGACUAGACCAGGCGCGUGGGGUUAGCAAUUCCGCAUUCAAUGCAUCAACACAUCACAUGGUCGGGCUCCAAUCGUGGGCUCCAAUGCUCCAUCAGUAUUCAGGUUCAUGGGUGUUUGUCUUGUCCUAGUGUUGGCUGUGACACGCCGCGGCUGGUUUUGGUAGUCCCGCACGACAGGCGCUCCUGAGCGCAGAUGUCAUGGGAGCGUCUGGGCGAAUGAGCGGGCCUGCUGGGGAACGGAUCCUGGCAACUGGCAGGCAGAGAGCGAGGAACGCGUGGUUGAGGCAUACAUUACGAGACCAUUUAGCGCGGGUGCUGUCUCUAGUGUCUAAAGUACCUGUGUAUGCAAGUAGGGACGCAGUCAUAGUCCCUCAGUCAUGUAGUAGGCGGCAAAAGCGCAACGGAAUGGUGCGCGGCAUGUUGAUGCGUGUUGAUACCGGGCCCGUGCUCAUCUUGCGGUCAUCUCGCGGUCGGUUGAUCAUGGAAUUACUCAUUGAUGCUAAAAUCUGAGCCAGUCAGUUUUGUCGCAUUACUCAACUCCAUAUGGGAGCGUAGGGAGUAGGAACGUGCCCCCUACAAGGGGAGAACAAUAAGUAGAACGCCAUCAUAUGUUGGGGUUAUAAUGGACUACCCGGCCCGGGCCUCCGGUUUUCGUGAGGCAGGAAGACACGCAAAGAUCGUGCGCACCAUCGUGUAACCAGACAUCCAC